AUGGCUGACAACAGUACGCUGGUGUCUGAAACCGGGAGGAGCCUCUUGGCUGAUUCUUCUGUUCUUGAUUCAAAAAUUAUAGAAACCUCCAAAGAGAAUGUAUUUCCUGGAUCUGUUUUGGAUGUUGAAGAAGAAAUGCCUCAAAUAGAAACAAGAGUGAUUUUGGUUCAGGAAGCAGGGAAACAUGAGGAGCUUCUGAAAGCCUUGGAGACCGUUAAGAUAAUGGAAGUACCAGUUAUAAAGAUAAAGGAAACUAGUCCUGGUAAAUCAGAAGAAAAACUAAUAAAAAGUAUUAUUCAUAUGGAAAUUAAAGUGCCCUACAUAAAGACAAACACAAUAGAAGAGCUUGGAGAUUCUGAUUCCCCAGAAUUUGAGACUAUCUUCGUCAUAUCAGACUUCCAAGAUUCUAUCUUUAACAAGCUCUGCAAAGCAGAUUGCCGUGUCAUUGGACCUCCAGUAGUACUGCACUGUGCACAAAAAGGAGAGCCUUUACCUUUCUCCUGUCGUCCACUGUACUGUGCAAGUAUGUUGAACUUGGUACUGUGCUUUACAGGAUUCAGAAAGAAAGAUGAAUUAGUUAAGCUAGUGACCUUGGUUCAUCAUAUGGGUGGAAUUAUUCGAAGGGACUUUAGCUCAAAAGUUACACAUCUGGUGGCUAACUCAACACAUGGAGAUAAAUUCAGAAUUGCUGUAAGUCUUGGUACUCCUAUUGUGAAAGCUGAGUGGAUUUAUAAGGCUUGGGAGAAAAGGAAUGAAAUUGAUUUCUGUGCAGCUGAUGAUGACUUUAGAAAUCAGUUCAAGGUUCCUCCCUUCCAGGAUUGCAUGUUAAGUUUCCUUGGAUUCUCUGAUGAUGAGAAAGCUAACAUGGAAGAAAUGACAGAAAUGCAAGGAGGACAUUAUUUACCGGUUGGUGAUGAAAGGUGUACACACUUAGUGGUUGAAGAAAGUACAGUAAAAGACCUUCCAUUUGAACCUUUAAAAAAACUUUAUGUUGUAAAGCAAGAGUGGUUCUGGGGAAGCAUUCAAAUGGAUGCCAGAGCUGGAGAGUCCAUGUAUUUAUUUGAGAAGUCAGAGAGUCCUGGCCUCAAGAAGUCUGUGUCACUACUUUCUCUGAAUACUCCAAACAGCAAUCGUAAAAGACGCCGUUUGAAAGAAACUCUUGCACAACUGACCAGAGAAACAGACAUGUCGCCAUUCCCUCCUCGGAAACGCCCAUCAGCUGAACAUUCACUUUCUAUUGGGUCCUUGCUGGAUAUUUCGAACACUCCAGAGUCGAGCACUACCAAUGGAGAAACACCAAAAUCCUGUGCAAGGCCUUCCAAAAACUCAACUCCUCUUCCACUAAAGCAGUCUGCAAGAUGGCAGGUUGCAAAGGAAUUGUAUCAGACAGAAAGUAACUACGUUGAUAUUCUAACAACAAUCAUUCAGCUAUUUCAAGUUCCGUUGGAGAAGGAAGGACAACUUGGAGGACCAAUCCUUGCACAGGAAGAGAUUAAGACCAUAUUUGGCAGCAUUCCAGAUAUUCUUGAUGUGCAUACUAAAAUUAAGGAAGACCUGGAAGAUCUUAUGAUGAACUGGACUGAAAGCAAAAGUAUUGGUGAUAUCAUUCUUAAAUACUCAAAAGACUUGUUGAAAACAUACCCUCCAUUUGUGAAUUUCUUCGAAAUGAGCAAAGAGACUAUUACUAGAUGUGAAAAACAGAAGCCAAGGUUUCAUGCCUUCCUAAAGAUAAACCAAGCUAAACCUGAAUGUGGCCGCCAAAGCCUAGCUGAACUCCUUAUCCGUCCUGUUCAAAGGCUGCCUAGUGUUGCUCUACUACUAAAUGACAUUAAGAAGCAUACAGCAGAAGAGAACCCAGAUAAAAUAACCCUAGAGAAAGCUAUUGAAUCAUUAAAGGAAGUGAUGACACAUAUUAAUGAAGACAAAAGAAAAACAGAGGCACAAAGGCAGUUCUUUGAUGUUGUCUAUGAAGUUGAUGGAUGUCCAGCCAAUCUCUUGUCCUCUCACCGAAGCUUAGUUCAGCGUUUGGAAACCGUAGCACUUGGUGAUGACCUCUGUGACAGGGGAGAACAUAAGAUGACUAUCUCUUUGUCUUCUAUUUAACUGCAGAUUGCGAGGAAACGGCAUAAAGUUAUUGGUGCUUUCAAGAGUCCGCAUGGCCACACGAGGCCUCCUGCAUCUCUCAAGCAUGUUGUUCUCAUGCCUCUCUCCCAGAUCAAGAAAGUCCUAGACAUCAGGGAGACAGAAGAUUGCCAUAAAGCUUUUGCCUUAGUUGUGCGGCCACCUACAGAACUCAACAACAAGCUACUUAGUUUCCAGAUGACAACUGAAGAACCUCCUAAAGAAGAUUGGUUGAAGAUGUUGUGUCGGCAUGUGGCUAACACUAUUUGUAAAGCAGAUGCAGAAAAUCUCAUUUAUACUGCUGAUCCUGAUUCAGUUGAAGUAAAUACUAAAGAUAUGGACAGUACUUUAAGCAGAGCAUCCAGGGCAAUAAAGAAAACAUCAAAAAAGGUUACAAGAGCAUUUUCUUUCUCAAAAACACCAAAGAGAGCUCUUCGAAGGGCUUUAAUGUCGCAUAGUGCAACAGAAGGAAGAAGUCCCAGUUCAGCUAAUGAGAGUUAUCUAGGCAGCCAACUGACUAGUACGUCGUCAUUAGUGGGUGUUCCUUCUCCUUCCUUGGUCAGUCUUCCCUCGAUCUUUGAAAAAAGGAGUCAUACAUUAAGUCGAUCAACAACCCACUUGAUAUGA